ACGAAACCAAACAUGCCGUCACAUCGAGAGAUUGCAAAACGGAAGCGUUCGCCAGACUCUGGCACGAUAUAAAGUGAAUUCGUAAUGAAGCGACAGCAAGGAGAACUGCAACUAGACGAUGAGAAGCGUCUUAAGCGUUUUCGACUGAGGCCUACCAAUGAGCACAACAAACUUCGCUAUCGAGCAUUGACGCAACGCAUGUUCGUGAUGGAUCGAAAGCGUCAGGACAACAUAGAGAACGGUCGUCCAACUGAGGCUAUUACCCGUGCGGGAACUACUGGCAAUAUUUAUAUCAUCAUCUUCGACAAGGUCCCGACAUGCGAUUGUCCGCAUGCACGCAAAGGAAAUCAACAAUGCAAGCACAUUAUAUAUGUCCUCUCACGUGUUCUGAAGGUACGGCCUGAAUUAGAAUAUCAGCUCGCCUUUUGCUCCUUUGAGCUUCGGGAAAUCUUUGAGUGUGCGCCACUAUUGCCGCACGAACAAGACGUAGACUCGGACGAUGGACAUCGAAAACCGACUGAUGGCGAAUGUCCCAUCUGUUGCGAUGACCUCGUCUCUGAGCAAAGUAGGGAUGAGCUUGUUUGGUGCAGAUCUGGUUGCGGCAACAAUUUGCACAAGCCUUGCUUCGCGCAAUGGGCAGCAACGAAACGAAGCCAGGUGGUCACUUGUCCGUUUUGCAGGAAGCCUUGGGAGAGCGAUGACGAUAGCCACGGCACACUUGAAGAUGGUACGGUCAAUGCUGAAGGCUAUAAGAACGUCGCAAGUCAAUUCGGUCUAUCGGGCGUGCGCGACGAAUCUACGUACUCUCUCUCCAUGGGCGAGAAUGGGAUCUUGGCAGACCGAUCGGUCCAACUACGAAAGAUGGGGUUCACGCCGUUGGUGAAGCGACAAAACAUGAACGACGAGGCAUAUUGUACUUUCAGGAACUAGAGAAAUGCACAGUCUGUCGGAUAGUGCAUGUAUUCCAAGGUUGUAGCAGACAUGAAAUGAUCACGAUUCACGAUCAUGACUCGCGGCACCUUUUUCCACUCGCCCGCACCUGAUGUUCGGGAGUGAUGAUGA